AUGGAAAUCGUCUCGGACAAUCCAUCAAAGGUGUCGCGACACUGGCGCCGAAGAACUGAUGUCAUGGUCACGCGCGCUUGCGUCACAGAAACACGCGGUGCGCUUGGGCGCUCGACCUGCCGCGGUGGGCCAAGCGCCACUAACAUUCGUGCCCCAAACAUUGGUCCCGCUGAACACUCAUCUGGCAACUGCGAAAUCUAG